AACAGGGAUAAUUUCUUUUUUUAAAAAGAAACAAAACAUUUUGAAAAAAAUCAAGGACAGCAAAAGCAAGAUUGGGACUUUGAGAAGACAACACAAAUGCAUGCCAGUCUCGUUUGAUCAUUCAGUUGUAGUAAGAGAAACAAAGAGUGUUUUUUAAGAGAGAGAAAAAGAUAAAAUUAUGAAGCCCACAAAUACAGUCAUAAAAGCAGUAAAAAAGAAAGCAUCAUCAGUGAGACAAAGUUGCCAAAGACACAGCGCAUAAGCCAUCACUCUCAUUUCUGGUCGUGUUAAAGUUUACUUUAUUUUCAUUUGGACCCCAAUUUUUUAAUUCCAAAAAAAUAAAAAUAUUAGGAGCUCAUCAUCAUUCCACUCUGUUAAAUCUCUGAUUUGGUGGUUCCCUUGAUGCUUGACAUCUAAGCUUCAUUCAAUCAUUUUCAGUAGCUCUUCUUGGACUCUUAAAUUAAAGAUGUCUAUGGGGUUUCAAAAAAUUCUAAGAUAGCUCUCUCUGUUUGUAGGUGAGUCUUUGUUGUUUUCUUGACUUGGGUGUUUCAAGAAUUCCUUUGUCCUGCUAUUUAAGCUCUUGGGAGUGGUGAGUUUCAAGUGUUCUUUCUUUUUGAUAUGAAAGCUUUUGUAAUUGUGUUUGUUUCUUGAGAAUUAUUAUACUGUUAAAGGUUUGAUCUUUUUGGCUGGCUCUCCUCUCGGAGAAAGAAAGGAAGAAACUUUUUUCUUUAUUGAUAAGUUUUGGAGGAGUACAAUUGAUUUAGCUAUCUUUUGUCUGAUAAAUGAGUGAACAAAAAUUGGGUCUUUGAUAUUUUGUCAUAAUCUGGAUAGGUUGAUUCUUAUAAUCAAAGAGUUUCUAAGUUCUGAGUUGUCAACCUGAUUUUCAAUUUCACCAUCUCUUAGGGGUCCACAUUCUUGUUUCAAUUGUAAAUGCCAUAUGUUGAAUUAAUUAUGCAUUGAGUGUUUUUUUGUCAAGAAUGGCUGAAAGUAAACUGACAAAGGUAGAACAAGGCCAAACCAAAAUUAGGAAUGUUCCAAUUGCUGUGACCCCAGAGGGUUUCUGGUGUUGCCCCUCUCCCAAUGUGUUUCAAAAGAGCCUCAAAACACAGAAUCCUUUAAACAAGCCCAAAUCUCAUACUGCUACAACUCAAAACCCGGCUCACAAGAAACCAACUUCAGUAGCCGAGAAAAGACCGGCUAAUGCUGCACCUAAAUGGGGUACUGUUUCUGAUGAAAAACGAGGUGUUAGUUCUGAUACACCCACUGUUACUGCAUCAGUGCCUGCAGAGAGAACACCUCGGUCGAAGACUGAAAAUGUACCAAGGAAAGUAUCGAUUGAGUUUGGUGAACCUGGAACUAGUGAUCUUAGGGUGAUCUUGCUAGGAAAGCAGGGGUUCACUGUGAAAUUGAAUGUUCACAAGAAUAUUCUGGUAGAAAAUAGCAGUUUUUUCGCUAAUAAAAUAUCAGAACAGCAGCCUGUGUUUCCUUGCAUUGAGAUUGAUGAUUGUGAGGAUGUUGAGAUAUAUGUUGAAACCAUUGGCCUAAUGUAUAGCAAAGAAUUGAAGCAGCGGUUGAUCAAGCAAAGUGUUUCUCGCGUUCUGCGUAUUAUCAAGGUAUCAGAACAACUUGGAUUUAGAUCAUGCAUGCAAUCAUGUUUAGAGUAUUUGGAAGCAGUACCGUGGGUUGGGGAAGAAGAAGAGGAGAAAGUUGUUUCUUCAGUCCUACGGCUGCAGAGCGAAGGAAUUGGAGUGACCCCUGUGUUAAAAAGGGUGUCAUCUGAUAUUUCUAAGCCUCACAAGGACACAUUCUCGCACAUCCUAGACCUGGUACUCAAAAGUAAUGAAGAGAGAGGCCGCCGUGAAAUGAAAUCCGUUGUACUGAAGCUCCUCAGGGAAAAUAACUCUCUUCCAAGUUCCUCCGGCUCAGUUGACAGUUAUAACGAAAUAAUAUAUGGCUCGUGCAGAAGUUGCCUGGAUUCAAUAUUGAUUCUGUUCAAACAAGCUGCUGAACCCGAUUGCAACGAACCAGUAGUGAAGCAGAUGGUUCUAGAGGCUGAUAACCUCUCAUGGAUGCUUGAAAUUUUAACGGACAGGCAAGCAGCGGAUGAGUUUGCGGUAAUGUGGGGUAGCCAGCAGGAGUUAGCUUCUCUUCAUACAAAGCUACCUAUUGUAUCUCGCCACCAUGUUAGUUGCAUUACAGCGAGGCUUUUUGUAGGAAUAGGAAGAGGAGAGCUUUUGCCAUCAAAGGACACUCGUAACCUCUUGUUACAGACGUGGUUACAGCCAUUGAUCAAUGACUACAGCUGGUUGCAGCACGGGUGCAGGUCAUUUGACCGAAAGGUUGUGGAGGAAGGAAUUGGCAGAACAAUCCUAACGCUCCCUCUGGAGGAGCAGCAGAGCAUUUUGCUUUCUUGGUUAGGCAGUUUCCUCAAGGCUGGUGAUAAUUGUCCAAAUCUUCAAAGAGCAUUUGAAGUCUGGUGGCGUCGGACUUUUGUCAGACCAUAUGCUGAGUCAGGAAAUAGCCGCCCAUUAGACCACGCGAUGACUCCAAAAGUGACGGAGCAUUAGAAGUUUUAACGUAUUAUGUAAAGGAAACUGAUGAAGAUCAAUGGUUUGUGGGCUCAGUGCGGUAUGCGAUCAAGAAGGAUUUAAGAGUGGCUUUGUCAAAUCAAGGGAUAAACUGCUAAUCGGUAUAAGGUCUAACUGAUUCCAACAAUUCCUUGUGUGAAUCAUGUAAAUCUCUCAAGUAUCAUUUCAAUUGUCUAAUUUGGUGUGUUAGUGAUUUGUCACAUGUAAUACAAGUUGGUUGUGUGAAAUUAUAGUUGGAUCAAAUUUUCUGACAGGACUUCUCUCUUCAUAGAGUCCAAUAGUCCUUGGAGUAAUGUAACAUAUUGUAUUAGCUUCCAUCUGUUAAGAGAUGAAUUUUACAAGCUUUAUGCAAGUU